CUCAUAACCUUCACGUGGCUGCAGGCUCUUCUCUCAUCUGCUUUAAUAUAUUUUACCUAACUUUAUUUUCCAUUGAUUCUAAAUUUAUUUCUGGUUUCUUCUACCAUCAAAUGGGCUUUGCAAAAUUGAAACAAGUAGAACAUAGUCAAUUCCUAGCUUUCUCAAAUGACCGUACUGCUCUUCAUUAUGAUUGCUUUCUCAAAUCUUGUUUCUUCUGCAACAAAACUCUUAGCCUUGACAAAGAAGUGUACAUGUACAGGGGUGAGCUGGGCUUCUGCAGUGUGGACUGUAGGAAUAGGCAGAUAUACUUAGAUGAAAUGAAAAAGAUUGAGAUUUACACUAAGAAAAUGCUAGCAUCUUUAGUGCGGCAACGUCGAGAGGCCGGUGGACGGUGUAGUGAAACUACACUUCUGUCGGAGGAUUACAGGCAGCCUGGCGAGCCAUUGUCGUGCUCUAAAAAUCGAGUUACAUUCACAUUCUCAUAGUCGAUAAUAUGUAUAAGAGUACAGUUCAAAGGCGGAGCUAGCUAAGAUUUUUAGUUUAUGGGUUAUAUAUGAACCAUAUUUCUUUUUAUUUACUCGGUUCUAAAUAAAUUAUUUUAUACAUAUUUAAUAAAUUUAAUAAUAUAAAUAAAGGGUUUGAGACACAUCUAUUUAGUUCUGCCCCUGGUACUGCUAUCGUGCCAGAAAUUCUCGCAUGGGGAGGUAAAGUUAGGGCUCCCUAAUAAAAGCAAUUCCAUAUUUAGGGCUCGAACGAGAUUUCUAAUAAAUGAUAACUACCUUUUAAUUUAAUUACUUUUCAUAGCUACAAAGAAUUUUUAAUUUACCCAUCCUAGUUAUGCCAAAUACAAUAUAGUUAUUUCAGUGUAUCAAUAUCUUUUCUUAACCCUAUCUCUCUUCUUCCUCAACUCUCUGUCUUCUUUUUUCCUCUCACUUUGCUCUCGACAAGGCUGCCGUCUAACUCCGUCGCCGCUAGUCAACUUCUCCAGCGGAGCUCUACCAGAGCCCAACCAAACAA